AUGGCAGACAUUGACGAAGAUAUCGUAGCACAGUACUUUUACAAAGGCGCGGAAGUUGAAAUCAGCAGCAAAGAAGAAGGCUUUCAAGGCUCGUGGUACGCGGGCACCGUCCUUAGCCACAGAAAAUCGAAGAGGAAUUCUUGCAUGAAGGUGCUAGUGAAGUACAAAACCCUGUUGAAGGACGAUGGCGCGCGGCGGCUGAGGGAGGAGGUGGACGCGAUACAGCUUCGGCCGAUCCCUCCGCGGGAGAACUGCUGUAGGUUCGAGUCCAGUGAGAAUGUGGACGCGUAUUACCAUGACGGGUGGUGGGAGGGUAUCAUAACUGAAGUAUUGAGGGAGGAUAAAUACAGGGUGUUCUUCCGGGGCAGUCGGGAGCAGAGGAACUUUAAGGCUUCCCGGCUGAGGCGCCACCACGAGUGGGCCGUUGGGAAGUGGCUCCCGCCUUUUGAAAAAGGAUUCGACGAGUCGCCUCCAUUGAAGCGGCCAAAGGUUGAGGAAGUUUCAUUGUCAACUAAAGUAAAGCCCAAGAAAAAGACUACUGACAAUAAUUUUAGCCCAGGAACAACGAUAAAAGUCAAUAGUGAUGAAGAUGGAUGUCAAGAUGCUUCAUUUGCUGCAACUUCUGUCAAAAAAUCAGGACCAUCGGAAGUUUCAGUGGCAACUGAAGUGAAGCCUAACAAAGAGAGAAUUUUAAAUAAUUUUCGCCCUGGAGCACAGGUUGAAGUUAGUAGUGAUGAAGAUGGAUUUGAAGGUGCUUGGAUUCCUGCAACUAUUGUCAAAAAAUUAGGUAAAAAAAAGUACCUACUUGAGUAUCAAACCCUCAGGAACGAUGAUGACACAGAAUUCCUGAGAGAAGAGGUUGACAGUUUGCAUAUAAGGCCAUGCCCACCUGACAUUGAACUACUUGAUCGUUUUGAAGUUCUUGAGAAAGUUGAGGCUUUGUAUAAUGAUGUUUGGGGCUCCAAUGAGGAAUUGGGGUUUAAUCACUCUCUUCUGAGGGCACAUCAAGAAUGGAUAAAUGGGAAAUGGGUUUUUCCCCCCAAGGCUCAUGAUUUGUAG